AUGUCGAACCAAGCGUCGCGCGCGCUUCGCGCGCCGGUGGCGCCGUUCGGCGACGCGCCCGCGCCCGCGGGUUACGUCCCGGGACUCGGUCGCGGCGCCGCGGGGUUCACGACGCGGAGCGACAUCGGGCCGGGACAGGUCGCGGCGGCGGGGGACAAGCGAGACGAGGACGGCGGGAGAAGCGGCGACGGCGGCGAAGACGGAUUGUUCGGCCGGGACGCGUCGACGUACGACGACGACGACGCGGAGGCGGAUGAGAUAUGGGCGCAGAUCGAUGAGAGGAUGGACUCGAGGCGGAGGGACGCGCGAGAGCGGCGGGAGAGGGAACAGAUGGAAAAGUUUAGGGAUGAGAAUCCGAAAAUCGUGGAGACGUUUCGCGACUUGAAGCGCGGGCUGAAGGACGUGUCGUACGCGGAGUGGGACGCGAUUCCGGAUAUCGGGGACUACACGAUCAAGAAGAAAAAACUGAACGUGGGGUUCAUGCCCGCGCCCGAUACGCUGCUGGCCAAGGCGUUGGCGGAGAAGGAGACGGUGAACACGGCGGCGGACGCGGGCGGCGAGCAAGACUUGACGGCGGUGGGCGAAGGUCGAGGGACGGUUUUGGGGUUGAAGCUCGACCGAUUAAGCGAUAGCGUCACGGGUCAAACGACGAUCGAUCCGAAGGGGUACUUGACCGAUUUAGGCUCGCAGAAGAUCACGAGCGCGGCGGAGAUUUCUGACAUUAAAAAGGCGCGUUUGCUGCUCAAGAGCGUCAUCAACACCAACCCCAAGCACGGCCCGGGGUGGAUUGCGGCGGCGCGUUUGGAGGAACUCGCGGGUAAAUUACAACAAGCGCGAGUGUUCAUGCAAAAAGGGUGCGAGGAGUGUCCGAAGAACGAAGACGUGUGGAUCGAGGCGGCGCGGUUGAACACGCCGGAGAACGCCAAGGCAAUUUUAGCGCGCGGCGUGCAAACGUUGCCGAAUUCGGUGAAGAUUUGGAUGCAAGCGGCGCAAUUAGAGAUUGAAGAUGAGCGUAAGCGGCGCGUGUUGCGGCGAGCGUUGGAGAACGUGCCGAAUUCUGUGCGAUUGUGGAAGGCGCUCGUGGACUUGAGCGCCGAGGACGACGCCAAGGUGUUGCUCGCGCGCGCGACGGAAUGUUGUCCGCAGCACGUCGAACUUUGGCUCGCGCUGGCGCGUUUGGAGACCACUGAGAACGGUCGUAAGGUGCUGAACAAGGCACGCGAAACAUUACCGCGCGAGCCUCAGAUUUGGAUCACCGCGGCGAAGCUCGAGGAGGCGAAUGGGAACGAAAAAAUGGUGGAGAAAAUCAUCGCGCGCGCGGUCAAGUCGCUCAAAUCGCACGGCGUCACCAUCGAUCGCGAGAGUUGGAUCAAAGAAGCGGAAAUCGCUGAAAAAGCCGAACCACCGUCGAUUGCGACGUGUCGGGCGAUCGUCAAGGCGACCAUAGGCGAAGGCGUGGAGGAAGAGGACAAAAAACGCACUUGGAAGGCGGACGCGGAGGAGUGUAUGAAGCGCGAGAGCGCCGAGACCGCGCGCGCGAUUUAUGCGCACGCGCUAGAUUCAGGAUUUUCGCACAAGAAGGGUUUGUGGAUGAAAGCGGCGAUGUUGGAAAAGCGAUUCGGUACGCCUGAUUCCGUCGACGCCGUCUUGCGCAAGGCGGUGACUUUUUGCCCCAACGCUGAAAUCUUGUGGCUCAUGGGCGCGAAAGAGCGCUGGCUCAGCGGCGACGUCACGCGAGCGCGCGAGAUUUUACAAUCAGCCUUCGACGCCAACCCGGACUCGGAAGAGAUUUGGCUCGCGGCUUUCAAAUUGGAGUUUGAAAACGGCGAAAUUGAUCGCGCGCGCAUGUUGCUCGCCAAGGCGCGAGAACGUUUGGCCGACUGUGCGCGGGUUUGGAUGAAAUCUGCGCUUGUCGAGCGCGAGGCGGGUGAUGAACAAGCCGAACGCAAGCUUCUCGAUGAAGGCAUCGAAAAUGGGAACGCGUCCAAGGCGAGAAUCAUUCUCGAAACCGCGCGCGCGAAGAAUCCCUCCAACGAACACUUGUGGCUCGCCGCCGUACGUCAAGAGCGCGAGAGCGGAAACAUCCAGCUCGCCGAGAGCACGAUCGCGCGUGCACUGCAAGAGUGCCCAACGAGCGGUUUGCUCCUUGCCGAGUCCGUGCGAUUUGCGCCUCGCCCGCAAAGGAAAUCGAAAUCUGUCGACGCGUUGCGGCGGUGCGACAACGAUCCGUACAUCAUCGCCGCCAUCGCCAUUUUGUUCUGGGCCGACCGCAAACUCGACAAAGCCCGAAGCUGGUGGAACCGCGCGGUGACAAUAGCACCCGACAUUGGUGACCACUGGGCGUCGUAUUACAAAUUCGAACUCCAAACCGCGGGCGAGCAAGCCGCCCAAGCCGUCGCCGAGCGUUGCGCGCGGGCCGCUCCUCGCCACGGCGAGAAUUGGAGCGCGAUGCGCAAGCGCGUGGAGAACUGGCACGAUCCCGUGAUUGAAAUUUUGAAAAAAGUUGCCGCCGGGCAAGACGAAAUGGCGUACGCGACGAAAUAG